CCGUGCUGACGCGCGCGGAAGUGUCCUGUGGACCGCGGAAGCCGCCGGCCGGCGGAGCCUCUGCUGCGGGCAGACGCCCGCAUGAGUCGGGGCACCAUGCCCCAGCCCGGAGCGUGGCCGGGCGCGAGCUGCGCCGAGACGCCGGCGCGGGAAGCCGAGGAGGACAUAUACCGUGCUGCAGAUGAAAUAGAAAAGGAGAAAGAAUUGCUUGUACAUGAAAGAGGGGCAUCAGAAAACAGACUAAGUGUGGCUCCUGAGAUGGACAUAAUGGACUACUGCAAAAAGGAGUGGAGGAGCAAUACCCAGAAAGCCACGUGCAUGAAAAAGGGCUAUGAGGCGGUGUCUCAGAAGUUCACCUCCAUCCGGCGCGUCCGCGGUGAUAAUUACUGCGCGCUGAGGGCCACGCUGUUCCAGGCGAUGAGCCAGCCGGCGGAGCUGCCCCCCUGGCUGCAGGACCCCGACCUCACGCUGUUGCCAGAAAAACUGAUAAGCAGAUACAGCUGGAUCAAACAGUGGAAACUGGGGCUGAAAUUCGACGGGAGGAGUGAGGACCUGGUUGAGAAAAUUAAGGAGUCCCUUGCCCUGCUGAGGAAAAAGUGGGCAGGGCUGGCUGAAAUGAGAACUGCUGAGGAGAGGCAGAUGGCUUGCGACGAGCUGUUCAGAAACGAGGAGGAGGAGUACAGCCUCUACGAAGCUGUAAAGUUUUUGAUGCUGAACAGAGCCAUUGAACUGUAUGAUGACAAAGAGAAGGGAAAGGACGUACCGCUGUUCUCUGUGCUCCUGUUUGCCCGGGACACAUCAAAUGACCCUGGGCAGCUGCUGAGGAACCACCUCAACCCGGUGGGGCACACCGGUGGCCUUGAACAGGUGGAGAUGUUCCUCCUCGCCUAUGCCGUGUGCCACACCAUCCGGGUAUACCGGCUGUCCAAGUACAACACUGAAGAGUUCAUCACGGUCUAUCCCACUGACCCACCCAGGGACUGGCCGGUGGUGACCCUCAUCGCCGAGGACGACCGGCACUACAACAUCCCCGUGAGGGUGUGCGAGGAGACGAGUCUGUGACACACGUCUGGACAGGCUGGCAACGUGGCACAGCCGCCCCACAGCUCCUGGCUGGGCCGCAGGCCCACAAGUCCAUAGGAGCCAUCUGUGAGAUCCCUUGGGCCCUGGGGGCCGCGCUGGACUGGGGUGUUCUGAAGAAUAGCUUUGGACAACAAGCAGUAACUCAGUCUUCGCCCUCCUCUGUGACGUGGCGUGUUUCAGUGGGGGCUCUAGGAAUACUCAUCGGAAGGUGCAAACUGCAUUCCGUCCCCAGAGGCAAUUAGUUUUGUAUCAGAGGAACCUCAUUUUGAAGAGGAAUAUGUUAAUGUCUCAAAUCAAAAGUCUGUCUAAUGGUAAACUGGCUUUUUUAAAAGA